GGUGUGGCGGUCAGGAGGCUCGGUCCCGGUGCGGGGUCGGGGUGCCGUGGUUGUCCUAAAGCCCUGUGCUUUCUCCAGCCACGAGCCACAGCCGCACGGCGCCGGGCAGGGGAAGCACUGCUCCUGUGCCCGCUGGAGCUGCUGCCAGGUAUCUGGCAUGGAGCAGGUCGGUGGCCCUGGCCCAGGAGGAUGCCGGUGGAUGAGAGCUUCCUGCAGACAAGCCGGGACUGGCCGUGGCCCCGUGGGUUGGCAGUGCCAGAGCUCACCUCAGGAGUGCCACGUGGGUUUGGAGCCUGUCUCGCCAUGGUGCCUGUUCUGUCUCAAGGAGCUGCCACAGUAGGGAGAGCAUGGGGCUGAGGGGAGAGCAGGGCACAUUCUACCCUUGGCAGGCACGUAGCAGAGUGCUAUGUUGGGCUGCUCCUGCACGGGACAUGGGGACACCAUCCUAAGGGCCCCUGCCAUCUGGUGGCAUUGUCCUGUCCCUCAAGGAGUGGACCCAAGGAGUCCCAGUCAGCCCACGGGACUUGACAGCCUGUCACAACCCUCUGCCUCUCCUGAUCUCUCUCCGGGUGGGAACCACUGAGGACCAGCCUGCCUUUUGGAGGGGAGAUGGAGGCUGCUUUCAGAUCUCACCCUCUUUCAAGGGCCUCCUGUACUUUGGCAGGGGACUUGGGGCUGUGGUGGAGCCCCGGGGUCCCUCACCUUUCCCCCCCUCACAUGUGGCAGUUCUUGUUUUGCAGGUGCAGCCGGGUGUGUAGCAACGUUGCUCCACGAUGCAGCCAUGAACCCUGCUGAAGUGGUCAAGCAGAGGAUGCAGAUGUACAACUCGCCUUACCAGCGUGUGAUGGACUGUGUGCGGGCUGUGUGGCGCAACGAAGGGGCCGGAGCUUUCUACCGCAGCUACACCACCCAGCUCACCAUGAACAUCCCCUUCCAAGCCAUUCACUUCAUGACCUACGAGUUCUUGCAAGAGCAGCUCAACCCCCACAGACAGUACAACCCAGGCUCCCACGUGGUCUCCGGAGCCUGUGCGGGGGCUGUCGCUGCCGCUGCCACUACGCCUUUGGACGUUUGCAAAACACUGCUCAACACCCAGGAGUCCUUGGCCCUGAGCUCCAACAUCAGCGGACACAUCACAGGCAUGGCUAAUGCCUUCAGGACGGUGUACCAAGUGGGCGGUGUGACCGCCUACUUCAGAGGGGUCCAGGCCAGAGUCAUUUAUCAGAUGCCCUCGACAGCGAUUGCCUGGUCCGUGUAUGAGUUCUUCAAAUACAUCCUCACCAAGCGCCAGGAGGAGCGUCGGGCUGGGAAGUGAGCAAGAGCCAAAUGCUGUUCCAGACCUGCCUCACAUCCCCCUCCUGGUUUGUCUUCUGACCCCUCUCCCUUUCAGUUUGGUUUGUGUUGAAGAGAGGGGGCAGUGAAGCCCUUUGGGGUUUAGCAAUGCCGUUUUUCCCCUGUGACUGUUGCAGCUCUGCUCAGGCUGCACAGCUUGCUCUCUCCCAGGGUCCUCCACGACACCCUGCUGGGAGCUGCAGCCCAGGUCACAUUCCCUCGCACUUUGGUGGAGCUGUGCUCCUGUCCUUCCCUUAACCACAAUGUCUCACACAAAGCUCACCCCUCUUCGGAGGGGAAGGUGAAUGUCCUGCCCGGCUUCUGGCAGGGCCAAGCUGAGCUCGCAGUCGCCAAGGAGGAGGUGAUGGCGGAUGCUGGGGCUUUGUCUGGCCUUUGGCUGAAGCAAAGUGUAAGCCUUGGCCGUUGUCUUGUAGCACGCACACGUGAUGCUGACUGCCGCAGUGGUGGUGGUGGUGGGUGAGGGGGAGGAUGGCACUUGAGGAGGGAGCCUGUAGGUUUGUUUUUGUUCCUGCUCUUGACACCUCCAAUAAAAACAGUUCUGCUCU